AAUUAAAACAAAUCGUAUCAAAAAUCUUAUUUGAUGUUUGUUUGAUUAUGUUUUCUCAUUCCAGUAUAGUCAGCGUAAUAGUAACAGUACUAUCUCCAAAGAGAUAACCGAUAGCAGCUGAGAUAAGAUAUUUGGCGGUUGAUUUUUAUUAGAAUCGCGAUAAUCUGUCCUUUUCUGUGUCUCGCGGCACAGUAUGAGUGGACUGAAAGUGUUUGGCAAAUAAAUUGCCAUCAAUGUUUGUUUGGAAGUAACAGUACGGCUUAUGGAUGGAGAGCCGUGAGGCGUAGAUAUGAACACACAUUCAAAUCAAUUCAAGCAAACUAAUCUUCGACCGGAUAGCAUCCAGUCACGUUUGGUUCUUCGUUGCGAUAGGACCUAAUCUGUUUCGAUAUUGUAUCGCUUAACUUAAACUGUACCCAGUUAGUGAUCCAAAACCUUCGGUCGAACAUGGAAGUCAUCACGAUAACGCUAUUAACGAUCUUAGUUCUUCUGAUAGCAUACGCUUCGCACCUUCUUCGGAGACAAAUACGCUUUUUCAAGGACCGUAAUGUACCGCACAUACCAGCGAGCUUCGAACUAUUGGAUAAGACAAUCCAUCCGGCAAAGCACUUUUUGCGAUGGUACAAGCAGUUCAAAGGCCAGUAUCCGUUGACCGGAGUGAUCAUGUUCAUCAAACCAAUCGCCAUUCCGCUGGAUUUGGACCUGAUAAAGCGUAUCUUGGUGAAGGAUUUUCAAUACUUUCAAAAUCGCGGCAUAUACUACAACGAGAGAGACGAUCCUCUUUCCGCGCAUCUGUUCAGUCUGGAGGGAGCUAAAUGGAGGAGCUUGAGAGCGAAAAUUUCACCCACCUUCACGUCCGGUAAAAUGAAGAUGAUGUAUCCAACGAUGGUUGCCGCGGGGAAGCAAUUCAGCGAAUAUCUAGAAGAAAAAGUAGAAGAUGGAAACGAAUUGGAAAUGCGGGAUUUAUUGGCACGAUUUACGACAGAUAUGAUCGGCACGUGUGCAUUUGGAAUAGAGUGCAACUCGAUGAAGGAACCGAAUUCGAAGUUCCGGGAGAUGGGUCGCAAACAUUUUGAAGCACCACGUAAUGCCUUGAAAGAUGCUUUUAAAAUGACCGCUCCUGGAUUGGCACGGUUUUUAAGAGUAACCGAAAUUCUACCCGACGUUUCCGAGUUCUUCAUGGACGUCGUAAAGAGCACCGUCGAAUAUCGAAUGAAGAACAACGUUAGGCGCAACGAUUUCAUGGAUCUGUUGAUCGCAAUGCUGGAUGAUAAAACUGAAGGAUCUGAAAGUCUUACGAUCAAUGAAAUAGCAGCACAAGCGUAUGUUUUCUUCAUUGCUGGUUUUGAAACGUCUUCAACUACCAUGACAUGGGCCUUGCAUGAGCUUUCACGUAAUCCGGAUAUUCAAGAAGAGGGAAGAAAAUGCGUCCAAGAAGUGCUGGAAAAGUAUAACGGUGUGAUGAGCUACGAAGCUAUAAUGGAAAUGACGUACAUCGAUCAAAUCAUCAACGAAACCCUUCGCCUGUAUCCACCGGUUCCGAUGCAUUUCCGUGUGGUUUCCAAAGACUACCACGUUCCCGAAACGGAUACGAUUCUUCCAGCUGGAACUUUUACGAUGAUUCCGGUCUACGCGAUUCACCACGAUGAAGACAUCUUCCCAGAGCCGGAGAAAUUCGACCCAACACGGUUCACUCCUGAAGAGGUCAACAAAAGGCACGCCUUCGCAUGGACACCAUUUGGCGAAGGGCCACGAGUCUGCAUCGGAUUGCGGUUCGGAAUGAUGCAAGCUCGCAUUGGUUUGGCACUGAUGCUGAAAAAUCUUCGCUUUUCGCCUGGGCCCAAAACGUGCACUGAAAUGGAGUUUCAACCUCAAAACUUUAUUCUUUCGCCCAAAGAGGGACUUUGGCUGAAUGUCGAGAAAAUCUAAGGGGAAGAAUAUACAUUAUUUGAUCAAACAUUAAUUGGAACCGUAUAACAGUUACUAGUGUAGUCGUUAUUAACGUAAGAACAGUGGGGGAGUGGCAUGGGAAUUUAGGGAACUGGCGUUUUAAGACAUGACAUUCGAGGAAACGUAGUAUGACCCUGUUGUACAUACAAAGACGUACAUAGAAAGACACAUCAAUGGAACGAAAAUCGGUUUCAAAUAUCCAGUGAAUCUUGGAUAAUGCCUGCACAUUUUCGGGUGUAGGUCGUUAGGCAGAAUUUCGUUAGGCUGAAAGCCAUUAAGCCGAAUGCCGUUAGGCCGAAAUAACAUUUGAUCAUUUACAUACUACUAUUUCAAAUGGCUAACACAUGCAGCAGUGUUUUUUCCUUCUUUUAAUCAAAGGAUGUUCUUUCUAGUUAAUUUCACAACGGUUAUUGGGGGCUUCUAGGUAAUGCAAAUUAUCCAAAUCUAACAACUAAUAAACUAUUCGACCUGAACAUUCAUCAGGCGGAUUCUAGAUUAUGCAAAUUAACCUGACCUAUCCCGGUUAAUUACCCAUUCGACCUAACGGUUCAUUAGAACUAUCAGCCAUCUUCGGCAUAAUGACCCUUUUGGCCUAACGACCCUUUCGGCCUAACGGCAUUCGGCCUAACGGGAUAAAACCCAUUUUCAGGAUUGAUAGAAAUUGAAAGAAUACAUAAGUUUGAAUUCUUUAACGAAGAAUUUUUAGAAGAGGAAUCUUUGAUUAUAGAAAUUUUUGCAUAAUACAUGAAAUAAUGUUUGAUACUACACAUUAUAGAAUGUAUAAGAAUGUAUAAAAAAUUCUAGACAUUAUGGAAGAAACAGGAUUUACAGGUAGAGUCACUAGUGUCUCCUGAAGACCGUUUGGAAUUCCUCAACGUAUUCCCUUAAGAAUUUGACCAUAUCAAAUACGUUCAUUAAACGAAACUACUCAAAACUU